CCGCCUAGCUUGCGGACCGGAGCAGGAGGCGGCAGCCAACCUCGGCGCUGAAUGGGCGGGUGGCGUCCCGCUCUGUCCCGCCCGCCGCCGGCCCCCCAUCGGCUGCUCCCGCCGCGCCCGGGUCUCCGCCCGCAGCUGCCUGAGCCCGCCGGGCUGUGAAUGAAAGGCAGGCGCGGCCGGGACUAGCUGCCAGCGACGCGGCGACGCCGGCCUCCCGGGAGGCGCGCUCCCCGCCGAAAUGUACGGUGUGUGUGGCUGCUGCGGUGCCCUUCGUCCCAGGUACAAGAGGCUGGUGGACAAUAUCUUCCCUGAAGAUCCUGAGGAUGGUCUGGUGAAGACCAACAUGGAGAAACUGACCUUCUAUGCCCUCUCCGCUCCAGAAAAGCUGGAUCGAAUUGGUGCCUACCUCUCAGAGAGGCUUAUCCGAGAUGUGGGUCGCCAUCGAUAUGGGUAUGUGUGUAUCGCCAUGGAGGCGCUGGACCAGCUGCUCAUGGCCUGCCACUGCCAGAGCAUCAACCUCUUCGUGGAAAGCUUCCUUAAAAUGGUAGCCAAGCUGCUGGAGUCGGAGAAGCCGAACCUGCAGAUCCUCGGCACCAACUCGUUUGUGAAGUUCGCCAACAUUGAAGAGGACACCCCCUCCUAUCAUCGAAGCUACGACUUCUUUGUGUCCCGAUUCAGUGAGAUGUGCCACUCAAGCCACGAUGACCUGGAAAUCAAGACUAAGAUCCGGAUGUCUGGCAUCAAAGGCCUACAAGGGGUAGUGAGGAAGACGGUGAAUGAUGAGCUGCAGGCCAACAUCUGGGACCCACAGCACAUGGACAAGAUCGUCCCGUCGCUGCUUUUCAAUCUGCAGCACGUGGAAGAGGCAGAGAGCCGGUCUCCCUCGCCCCUCCAAGCACCAGAGAAGGAAAAGGAGAACCCAGCAGAGCUGGCUGAAAGGUGCCUGAGAGAGCUGCUGGGCCGAGCGGCCUUCGGCAAUAUCAAGAACGCCAUCAAGCCCGUUCUUAUCCACCUGGAUAACCAUUCUCUUUGGGAACCCAAGGUGUUUGCCACCCGUUGCUUUAAAAUCAUCAUGUAUUCAAUUCAGCCGCAGCACUCCCACCUGGUUAUCCAGCAGCUCCUGAGCCACCUGGAUGCCAACAGCCGCAGCGCGGCGACUGUGCGCGCCGGCAUCGUGGAAGUCUUAUCGGAAGCUGCAGUUAUCGCUGCCACGGGCUCUGUCGGGCCCACGGUACUGGAGAUGUUUAACACCCUGCUGCGGCAGCUGCGGCUCAGCAUCGACUACGCGCUAACCGGGAGCUACGACGGCGCUGUGAGCCUAGGCUCCAAGAUCAUCAAGGAGCAUGAGGAGCGCAUGUUCCAGGAGGCGGUCAUCAAAACCAUCGGCUCCUUUGCCAGCACACUGCCGACCUACCAGCGCUCAGAGGUGAUCCUCUUCAUCAUGAGCAAAGUCCCGCUGCCUUCCCUGCAUCACCCCGUAGAGACCGGACGGACUGGGGAGAACAGGAACCGGCUGACCCAGAUCAUGUUGCUGAAGUCCCUCCUUCAGGUAUCCACAGGUUUUCAGUGCAACAACAUGAUGUCAGCCCUGCCCAGCAACUUCCUGGACCGCCUUCUUUCCACUGCCCUCAUGGAGGAUGCAGAAAUCCGCCUCUUCGUCCUAGAGAUUCUCAUCAGUUUCAUUGAUCGUCAUGGCAACCGCCACAAAUUCUCUACCAUCAGCACCCUUGGUGACAUCUCGGUCCUGAAGUUGAAAGUGGACAAGUGCUCCCGGCAGGACACUGUCUUCAUGAAGAAGCACUCACAGCAGCUAUACAGGCACAUCUACCUGAGCUGCAAGGAGGAGACAAACAUCCAGAAGCACUACGAGGCACUCUACGGCCUGCUGGCACUCAUCAGCAUCGAGCUGGCCAAUGAGGAGGUGGUGGUGGAUCUCAUCCGACUGGUGCUGGCUGUUCAGGAUGUAGCCCAGGUCAAUGAAGAGAACCUGCCUGCUUAUAACCGCUGUGCGCUCUAUGCUCUGGGUGCCGCCUACCUGAACCUCAUCAGUCAGCUCACAACAGUGCCUGCCUUCUGCCAGCACAUCCAUGAGGUAAUAGAGACCAGGAAGAAAGAGGCACCAUACAUGCUUCCUGAGGAUGUGUUUGUGGAAAGGCCCAGGCUGUCUCAGAAUCUAGAUGGUGUGGUGAUCGAGUUUCUCUUCCGCCAGAGCAAAAUCAGUGAAGUCCUGGGAGGCAGCGGCUACAAUUCGGACAGGCUCUGCCUGCCCUACAUCCCUCAGCUAACAGAUGAAGACCGCUUGUCCAAGAGGAAGAGCAUUGGAGAAACCAUUUCCCUUCAGGUAGAGGUGGAGUCCAGGAACAGCCCAGAGAAGGAGGAGCGAGUUCCUGCAGAAGAGAUCACCUAUGAGACACUGAAGAAGGCCAUUGUGGACAGUGUGGCAGUUGAGGAACAGGAGCGUGAGCGGCGGAGACAGGUGGUAGAGAAAUUCCAGAAGGCGCCCUUUGAGGAAAUCGCCGCCCACUGUGGGGCCCGGGCAUCACUGCUGCAGAGCAAACUCAAUCAGAUCUUUGAAAUCACCAUCCGGCCCCCUCCAAGCCCUUCAGGAACCAUCAGCGCAGCCUACGGCCAGCCGCAGAACCACUCCAUCCCUGUCUAUGAGAUGAAGUUUCCUGAUCUGUGUGUAUACUGAGUUCCAGGAGACAGAACUCCUUAGAGGACACAGAGACUGCAGGAGGACCACCUCCCUGCUCGCUCUCACCGUGUGGAAAUCUAGCUGGGAUAGCUAAGAACUUAGUCACCUUGGCGGACAGUGAGCAAAGGUGGAGCCUCUGGUUCUCUGUGGCCCUCCUGCCUCCUCCUCGUGAGGAGGGUUCAGCCACCUGCCCUCUGAUGGCAUCUCACCUGUCUUCUCUUGUAUCAGCCAGGGACAGAGAAUCACAAGGCUGUCUCCAUUGAGAAGCAGAAGGGCUUGGGAACCCUCCACUGGGGAUGUGUCUGUGAGGGAGUGUUAGCCACUCCCAAAGAAAGGAGCCUGAUAUCAGCAUGGCUGGUCAAAGGAAGGCAUAGAUGGCACUCGGGGAAACUGAGGAAAUCCCCCCCAACCCCACUCCCCACAUAAAGAAGUGACAGUGUGAGAGCUCGGAGGUGAUGUCUGCUCUCACCUCUUAAGCCUUGGGUGUCUUACCCAGCGUCCCGUUUACUCUCUAGUUGUCUACGUUUCUUUUUCUACUAUUAAUGAACGCUGAGCACUUACAGCCAGAACUGGGGAUAGAGACACUGGAGGCAGCAAGACUAGCAGAAGAGCAACAGGCUGGGGAUGGAAAGGGGCUGAGUCUCCCAGGCUGGGGUGGCAGCAUCCGCAAAGCACAAGUAUCGCAAGUCUGUGUCCUGGCUGUGUAGCAUCUUCUCACAUUCUCUGUCCACAGGAAGCCUGUAGCGGAUCUUCUCUGGUUCCCUCUCUUCUGGAUGUUUUCCGGGUUGUUGAGUUUGGUUCCUGAUGUCUUUGUUUCCACAGCCUCUGGGAUGAGAGAAAGCUGAGCAAACUAGCUGCUGGUUCUAGAUGCCUGGAGAGAGGGGAGGAAGUAUGAGUGCCCUGAGGCCCAUCUGCAUCACUUCCCUUGGAAGAUGCUCCCAGCAGUAGUGAGGAGUUAAGAGAGAGGCAGCAGAGCCAGUGGUGCUUUAGAAUUUGGGGAAAGAAAGAUUUAACAGCUAGGAUUGAAAAAAUAUUUUCCCUCUCUGGGCAAAGUCUGAGACACUGGCAACAAUUGGCCUUGCUUGCAGCCUGGGCAGAGGUGGUAGGACUCACUUUGGCUUCCAUUGUCCCUGUGUGCCACCUCCCUGUCCCUAUGUGACUCGUGUGUGCAGGGAGCAGCUGACCCAGGACUGGGUGGGUGCAGAAGAGGCCACUUGUUGUCCUCUUGGUUUAACCCUUUCCUGAUGCCCCUCUUGGUGUCUCUGUGCCUCCCAGAGUGCCUAGCAGUGGGAGUACUCCGUGGUCCAGGGUAGUCCUCUGUUUCCUUUUCAGACCUCCCAUACGUUUCCUGAGCUGUUUUUCUCUCAGAACCAACAUUGCUCCAGAGAUUUUGCUUCUUAGAAAGGGGGAGUGGUUCUGUUGACCUGCAGGAAUCAUUUCUAGGGUAUGGUUUUAAGCAGUGUGGCCUGGGGUCAUAAAGGAGCCAUUUCUGCUAAGGAGAAGUUAGGCUUCUCAGGACCCUGCAUGAUGACAGCCUGCUCACUAGGACAGGUGGGAACAUUGCCCAGAAUUAGGAGAACUAGAGCACACGUACUUUCCAUUGCAUAAGUGGUAAGUAUGCCAGAUGGGCCCUCCUGACCCUCUCCCCAGAGUUCCCCAUUUGUGAUGCAACUCUUUGCCGUGGUCCCUGCCCUGAGCUACAGGCUCAUGGCUCCAGCAUGGCCUGCAUGAUCUCAGGUCCCUGAGGAAAACACCCCAACACCACCCACAUGGCUUUGGAGCUGUGUGGCUACUGCUCAACCCAGCUUUAUAAGCAUGGCCUUAGGUUUCUCCUCAAUAUCUCUUUACUAAGAAGGCAACUUUAAGCACAAAGGCAAGUAACCUGUUAGAAACUAAGAAAAUCUAAGCCUUGGGCUAAAAAAAACCGUCUUCCUUCACUUGCCGGCCACAUAUUUAUCCCAUGCUUGGCUUGAAUAAGAGUCCAUUCUUUAUUGUUCCCAACUGACAUGGUUGUCCACCCCUGAGGUAUCCUAACCUAGCUGUGGAUUGGGAGAGACACUUCCUUGGAGUCUUUUGAAAGUCAGUACCAGACCCAGAUGCCUCCAGGCCUACUGAGGUCUGUCUGUCUCUCAGCCUGCCCUUGGAAGCAGAAGAAAAGGCCUAGAGUUCAAGUCUGCAGACGCAAUGGUAGCUCAGUCUCCUUCUCUGUCUUUUUCUUUGUACCAUGGCUGUGUAGUAGGGACAUGCUGUUUUUAGAGAGCUGGCCACUUGUGUGCCCUCUUCUUGGUAGAACAGGUUUACAUUUACAUUCAGUAGGAUACUGGGUUGCCCGUUGACAGGAAAUGGAAUCUGAUCUUGGCUAAGUAUGCCUCAGAGUCAGAAAGUCUAGAUGGUGAUCACAGGAGGAUCUAUCCCUCCGUAACAAGGCUGGGAAGAGAAGCAGGAGCAUGGGGGUGGGAGCUAGGGGAGGAGCCCAGCACCCAUUCUUGCCUUUCUAGCCCCUGGUGUCUGAUCCUUCUGUCCCAAGCCUUGUUCUGUUCUCUUUCCCUGUUGUAAAUCAGAAUCAAAAGGAGCCAACAAACCUGUUGAGGCCAACCAGUCCCCACCCCACCCCCACGAUCAAAGCACCCAGGUCUCUGGCUUCAUAGGCAAGGGCCAGGGCUAGAGGGUGGCAUCCUGCAGACAGAAUCUAGUAGGCAUGAAUAUGUUGCGGUUUAGAAGUUAACGUGGUGGUUGGUCAUAAAAAGUGUACAAAGUGAAUUAAAAGAAAAUACCUGAUCCAGAAGCAGCAGCUGUUUCCCCUGUUUCUUGUUUUCUCUUUACUCCAACAACUAAAAUAAAGGGUUUCAUGUCUCCUAAAUGGCCUCAUCAGAAAACCUAGACAUGUCCCCUGUCUGGCUCCCACCUUCACACAAAGCCGGAGAACAUGGGCCUGGGACCAAGGCUCCUGGUCAGAGCAGCCAUAUCCCGUAUGCUGCCUGUGCACAAGGCUGUUUCUGGUCCACACGAUGCAGUUCAGCUAGAGUGGGAUUUGGAAAAGCCCUAACCCCCCGACUCCUUGAGGAUCCCUGGGUCGUGGUGCCUUCCAGUUGUCCUUUUGCAGUCAUAGGCCUACCAGCCUGCUCCAGAGAAAGCUGCUAAGCCCUGUGUUUGGGGCCUGGGAGAAAGGCAAGGCCUGAGCUAUGGCUCUGAACUUUGUGUUUAAAAGCAGAUUUGGAGGUCGGGGAGGGGCAUAUCAGGCGGGCUGAAUCUGCUUUCUUUGACUUUCUCUGGCAAGCAGAUUGCACCAAAGCAAGAAUCCUGUCCUCUGCAUCUGGGGGUAAAGUUUAGGGAAAAGAGUCUGAUUUCUAUGAUCCUAUAACCCAAGCUGGGUCUGGUCUAAAGACUACAGAGGGGAAUCAUGGGCUGCCCUGUUCUUGGUUCUGGGUACCCGGAGAGUGAUGAGGAAAAUCACAGGUGGCAGGAAAGACACCCUGGCUCUGUUGACUGUCCUUUGGCACCAGCCUGGCUCCUUCAGGGAGCACCCGAAUCUCCAGAGCCCAGCACUUGCCCUGUUUGAACUCUUAAUGACCGGGGUCUGGCACAUGGAGUAUAAAAGUGCACACCCAUAGAUGCUGUAGCCCAUCUAUCUCAGUGUGUCUGAGGUUUUUUAGACCUUCAUGACCUGGCUGAGUGUGUGUAUGUGUCUAUGUCUGUGCAUGUGUGUAAUGCAGUUUAUAGUUGCCAAUGUUGUGUAUAUAAUAGCUAACAUAUUUAUAUGUGAGUACAGAAUUGGCAUCUGUGACAGUUUUCUGUAUUUUAAACUUGUUGAAUCAAAUUAGUUUUCCUUCCAGGGGAGGUGGGGGGAGUAUUCUAAAGUCAUUCUUUAGAACUAUUAGUCGUGGUUGAUGCCCUUUUCAAAUAAAUGUUAAUGUUGUCACCA